UGGCGUUUCGGCACCCGAGACACAGACCCUGGCGAGCCUGACACCGGCUGGGGCUCGGCAGGAUGGAAGACACGGACGUCCCCGUCCCCAUCCGUGUCCCUGCGCUGGCCACAGAGCGGAGGUUCGCCCAGCGGCUCAGGGAAUGUUUGGAAGAGGAGCGGCUCUCGGACGGGCGCUACCAGCUGCAGCGGGUGCCGGGGGGCCGCGUGGCCCUGCCCGUGCUGGAGGAGAAGCUCUCCCAGCUCUGCCUGCCCCCGGACAUGCUCUGCGAGCUGGUCAGGCUCCAGGACCCUGUCCCCUCCAGGGCCGCCCGCCGGCGCACGCCUGCACAGAGGCUGCGGGAGGAGCUGCGGCGGCUGCUGGGUGCGAGCUGGUCGGAGGAGCUGGAGCGGGAUGUGCCGCACGCCUGGCACAGGCACGGGGACCUGGUGCUGCUGAGCGAGGACAGCUUCAAGGCUGCGCCCUGGGAGAGGCUGGGCUCGGCGCUCUGGGAGACGGUCGCCUCGGCUUUGGGGGCCCGGCGGGUGGCCAGGCGAGGACGGGUGAUGCCGGAUGGGAUGCGGACCCCCAGUGUCACCCUGCUGCUGGGCCAGCAUGGCUGGGUGGAGCACGUGGACAACGGGAUCAGGUGGGCAGGAGCUGCAGGAUGCGGCUUGUGUGGGGAAGGCACAGCCCUCACCAUCACGGUGGGGUCUUCCAGGUACACCUUUGAUGUGACCAAGUGCAUGUUCUCCCCGGGCAACAUCACGGAGAAGCUGCGUGUAGCCUCACUGCCUUGCUCUGGGGAGGUCGUUGUGGAUCUCUACGCAGGCAUUGGCUAUUUCACGCUGCCAUUCCUGGUGCACGCGGGAGCUGCCUUUGUCCAUGCCUGUGAGUGGAACAGCCAUGCCGUGGAGGCCCUGCACAGGACCCUGGUGCUGAACGGGGUGCGGGAUCGCUGCCGCAUCCACGCUGGGGACAGCCGGCAGCUGCAGCUGCGGGAUGUGGCAGACAGGGUGAACCUGGGGCUGAUUCCCAGCUCGGAGGAAGGCUGGCCGGUGGCCUGCCGCGUCCUGAAGAAGGACGUGGGUGGGGUUCUCCACAUCCACCACAACGUGGAGACUCCGCCUGCGCCGGCCCCGCCGCAGACCACGGUGCUGCUGGCUGAGCAGGUCUCUCCAGAGGCAGCUGGCCCUGGGGGAGAGGCACAGCACCCAACAGAGGACGGUAGGGAGGAGACACUGAGGGCCCGGCUCAGGCCCAAAUGGCAGAGGUGGGCCGAAGCCACAGCUACACGGAUCCAGGGGGUGCUGGCAGAGCUGCACGGGCGGCCGUGGCACACCAGAGUCCUGCACAUCGAGGCAGUGAAGUCCUACGCACCACACGUGCAUCACCUCGUGCUGGACCUUGAGUGCCGGCCAGUGCUGCCCGUUUAGUAGGGCAUGGGCACCGCUGGGGCUCCAGCUCCUGUGGAAGGGUGAUAUCAAGCACCAGGGGCAGGGAGAUGCUACCAGCAGAGUCCUGCUGCCACCCUGGAGGUGCCUUAUGUCCCCUAGUUCCCAGGUGGCAGCACUGCCACCAGCAGUGCCUCCCAUGUCCAGAGCACACAGGGUUGUGCUCCCAUGGCAGAUUCCUUCAGGAUCCAGACAAGGAUGGAGCAAGUUGGGGCUCAGAGUGCCAGUGUUCUGCCCUGGCUCUACCAGUCGCCGCCCGUGUCUUGGACACAUGGUAGCACCUUGAGCCCCAUUUUCACACAGAUGAGAGCUACAGUGCUGAAAAGCCUUGGGUUCCUGCUAGGUUCAUUUCAGCAGGUCGGGGACAAGCUUUGUGCUUGUAUUUACCAGCAUGGUUUUUUAAUGUACUGGAAACAGCACACUGUUCAUCUUUUCUUCCUAUCAUUUUUUUUUCAGAAAUAAAGAUGUUUCUCACCG